UGAUAUCUGGCCAAGCUUUGGUGAGCAGGAAAAAUGUCCACUCGCUACCACCAAGCCGCUAGUGAUAGCUACCUGGAACUUCUGAAGGAGGCCACAAGGAGAGAUCUGAAUCUUUCUGAUGAAGAUGGCAUGACUCCCACGCUCCUGGCCGCCUACCAUGGCAACUUGGAAGCCCUAGAAAUAAUCUGCAGCAGAGGCGGGGAUCCCGAUAGAUGCGACAUCUGGGGAAAUACUCCUCUCCAUCACGCGGCCUCCAACGGUCACGCCCACUGCGUCUCGUUCCUGAUCAACUUUGGCGCCAACAUCUUCGCCUUGGACAAUGACUUACAGUCCCCGCUGGACGCUGCUGCCAGCCGAGAGCAGAAAGAAUGCGUCGAUCUCCUGGACAAGGCUGCCACCGUCCAGAACAUCACGAACCCCAAGAAGGUCACCAGGCUGAAGGAGCAGGCUCAGAAGAAUGCCAGGAGGCAGAUCCAAGAGUGCGAGAGGCUCCAGGAGAAGCACCAAACGAAGAUGGCCCGGACCUACAGCAAGGAGGAAUCUGGGACUCUUUCUUCUGCCCAGGGCACGCUCUCCAGGUCGUCCCUCCCACAAGCUUCUGCUUCCAGCACGUUUGGGUCGCUGUCUAAGGGCAUCAAAGACACCUUCAAGCUAAAGUUCAGGAAGAAUAAAGACACGGCGGAGCGGGAAGGAAAGGCGAGCGGCAGCGGGCAGAGGAAUGUGAUGGACGUCUUCAGAGAAGAGGAGGAAGACACGUCGUCAGGCCUGGGAAGUAUUGUUUUUAGAAAGAACAGACUAUCGAGCCCCGAAUACAUCUCAGACAGCAAGAGGGAGAUGGGGUUCAGAUUGUCCAGUGAGUUGUUUCAGAGACAAGGAGCAGCUCAGGCGGAUGACGCCAAGGCCGAGGAAGAGGGCGAGGAAGACGGCCAUGAGGACGAUCUGCCUUGGGACGAGGACGCCGUGGAGUGGGAGGAGGACGUCGUCGAUGCUACCGCCCUGGAAGUGUUCUUGCUGUCCCACCACCUGGAGGAGUUCCUUCCCUUCUUCAUGAGAGAGCAGAUGGAUCUAGAAGCCCUGAUGCUUUGCUCUGAUGAGGACCUUCAGAGCAUCCAGAUGCACCUGGGGCCCAGGAAGAAAGUUCUUAACGCCAUAAACGGAAGGAAGCAGGUGCUCCAACAGCCCGGGCAGCUGGUCGACACCAGCCUCUGAUGGAGCGUUGGGUCCAUGGGGUGAGCCUGCUGCAGUGGGGUGACGUGGCUCACUGGAAGCCCCGCCCCCCAGGCCACGCCUGCUCUCUGCCGAGUGCCGGGCCUCUGGGAGUGGUGUCUAGGAUUGCGGAGACACCCACUUUAGGGAGAGGCCCCGAGCUCUACUCUGAGGAAUUCUCUGUACCCAUCCAAAUAAACCACUGGUGAGAGACUCACGGAGACCCGGGAAUUAAAGAAUGGAUUCUUCUUCAACGAUCUCGUUAAUCUUUUUGGCUAUAGAAAGCGUUAAAUGGAUGACAGAGAAGGGGAAAAACCGUCUUUACUUUUCCAACUCUGGACUUAAGAUUAUGCUCCCUCAUCCCACUGCCGCUUACUUUCUGAUUCUCGUGCCGCGGGGAUUCUAAUUCCAGUUCCGUCCUUUGCUCUGUACUUUGUUGGUGGAGAGGAAAGGUCACCCAUUGGCUUGAGACUUAAUGCCCAACGUAAAUGUGUCUAAACCUUUAACAGACGUUCACAUGUUUCUAGUAAUGGAAAUGGGUCUAUAAUACCCCUGCCUGAGAACAGAGACAGAGAAGGAGAGUGAAGAAAAAUGGAAUGUAGGGUACUUGCUAUGGACUGAAUUGUGUCCUCCCAAAUUCACAGACUGGAGCCCUAACCCCCGAUAUGGCUGUAUUUGGAGAUAGAACCUUUAUUAGAGGCAGGGAAGGUCAAACGAGGUCAUCAGAGUGGGGUCCAAGUCCCACAGAACUGGUAUCCUCAUAAGAGGAAGAGACGCCGGGGAUGCGCGUACACAGAGAAAAGGUCACGUGAGGACGCGGCGGGAAGGUGGCCAUCCGCCAGCCAAGGAGAGAGGCCUCAGGAGAAACCCGUCCUGCCGACACCUUGACCUUGGACUUCCAGCCUCCAGAGCUGUAAGAGAAUACAUCUCUGUUGUUAAGCCCCGCAGUCUGUGGUAGUUUGUUACAGCAGCCCCAACAUAGCGCCCAAGCAAGAAGGUUGGGGAGGAGGAAAAGAAUACAGAAAAAAAAAUGUCUGGCACGUUCGAUGAUUUUCCUAAGGGUAAGUGCCUCUUAAAACUAAAAAAAGAAAGAAAGAAAGAAAAAUCUAGGUUCUUCGUAGGGAACAUGUGAUUGUAAAAAUGAAUAUUACAUUUUCAUGCCCUUUACGUGUCCAUCUUUUAUUCACGGUCGUCGACCGCCGUCGCUACAUGUCUGAAAACACUGAGGUCCUGCGAUAUAAACUGGCAGCAUGGCAGCUGGCAUGUUUUUGCGUGGCGUUCUCAAAUUCAGAUCGAAACCCUAUGGAACAGCUAAGCUGCAUUGCAUUUUUAUGGCCAGACUUACGUCAGGUGUGUGCAUCAUUUGCACACAGCUGUUUACCUGCAGCGGGCUUCCUGCUUCGCAUCUGUGUUAUUUCAAGAGGCGCCGUGGAGGACAUCAGCUUAGGGAGGAUACGGAUGCUCAGAUCUGAGGGACAGGUGGUUCUUUCUUACUGCUAGGAUCCAGAAAGGUUGUCAGUCACCGCAUAAAUACGUCACACUAGAGGAUGAUUGUGUUUGCAAACAUUACAUUUUGUUGGUCUGGAUUAAACCGAAGUGGUAUUCGCUUUCGAUAACAUGCGUGAAAGCAGUUAGCGCAGAGAAGGCGCCCACACAGCAUUUGCAGCCUCCAUCCGCACUCCGUUGCCAGAGGCACCAGGAGCCUCUCUCCACGCGUUCCCCAGAAUCCGCCUGACGGUCAGACAGUCGUUGCUAGGAUGUAGGAGAAGUAGAAGCCACGAGGGAAGCACGGCUGCUCACAAGAAGGAUGCUCUCCAGGAGAGCUUUGUACUUCAUCAUCGCAGGUAAAAGCAGUGUAGAAAGCCCGGCGAUGUAUUCUAGCAAACAAGAGGCCACGUGAGGCGGUACAGAGAAUUCUGAGCUGGUUGAAAAGAAGGGCACACACGUGACCCCUUCAUGUAAUCACAGUGAAUGACGUAAACCUCUGUGAGCCCAGCAUGGUUCUUAGAAGUUACGUUGAAUGUUUUUGAACAGUUGUGUCUUUUUAAUGAGGUUAUUCCAGCUCGCAGACCCCACAGGCUUCUCUGCCAAUGCCCGAACAUCUCCAGUUGGGCCAGUUAAAAGGCCAGUUAAAGGUUACAUACUUUAUGUGCCAUUAUCAUGAAGACUGGCUCCAAGCGUGUGAACAAAACAGAAUUAGCUUGGGUCUCAUAUGCCAUGGAGACAAUGGGACGAGUUGAAGGGUCCCCGCUCCUGGGAACUCUCCUACCCCCACUGCCAGAAAAGCCAGGUGCUGCUCGCCACAACGCAAGCCCGUGCCGGGGUAUCCGGUCUCCGUGGCGACGACGUGAGGCACAGGCACGGGCGCAUGACGGUCCCGUGAGUCUCAGUUCUGGGACUUCUAACUGUCGAGGAAGACAAUCUGUAUUUCUGCUUGGGUUGCCGGAGAGGACAGACUAGGAUUCAGGAGCCGCUGGCCACCACCCUGCCACUACCGAGGGGGUGCCUGCUUGAUCCUGGGGCCAACGCUGAAGAACACAGCCGAGGGGUGGAGGGGGCAGGGUUGAGUCCCUCUGACACUGGGAGCCCUCGGGUGCAGCUGCGGCCCGAACCGAUUACCCAUGCACUUCGUAAUUACAAGAGCCACUAGAUCCCAUUUCUCACUCAUUCGCUCGUUCAGCUUAAGGUAGUUUGAGA